GGGGUCAGUCUGUCCUUCCAGUUUGCGGAGUUCAGGCUCACUCGCUGCUCACUCAUCGCUUCUUCGCUCGGAAGUCACCUACAAUAACCUCGUGUCACCGUAUCUUGUGAUUUCAAACAAGGAACCCUAAAAACCUGAAAGGCACAUUGGGUGCCACUCGACAAUGAGGCUCGGCUGAGAAGAAGACAAAAAAAAUUGCUUUUUCUCCUCCUCCCACCCUGGAGGUGCCAGGUUGUAAUCUGCAAAUGCAUUGUCUGGCCCUUAGGGUUUGACAGUUAAUGAUUGGUCGCUGAGGGAAGCCUGGUGGAGGAGCGAGAGGGACGCGAGCCAGCGAACGAGGUGGGGAGGGAGCGCGGAGCCCGAGCCACGGGUCUCGGGCGCCGGAGACGCGCAAGGGCGCCCAUGGAGGCAGCGUCGCCGGCGGGCCCUGGCUCCCCUGAGCCCCUCGCCGAGGGAGCGGCGGGCGAGUUCUCCAGCCUGCUGCGCAGGAUAAAAGGCAAACUCUUCACCUGGCAUAUUUUGAAAACAAUUGCUCUGGGUCAGAUGCUGUCCUUGUGUAUAUGUGGGACAGCUAUCACUAGCCAGUAUUUGGCAGAAAAAUACAAAGUGAACACCCCCAUGCUUCAGAGCUUUAUCAAUUAUUGCUUGCUGUUCCUAAUUUAUACAGUGAUGCUGGCAUUUCGAUCAGGCAGUGAUAACCUUUUAGUAAUCUUGAAGAGAAAAUGGUGGAAGUACAUCCUGCUGGGACUAGCAGAUGUGGAAGCUAAUUAUGUGAUUGUCAGAGCCUACCAGUACACAACUCUAACCAGCGUCCAGCUUUUGGAUUGCUUUGGGAUUCCUGUGCUGAUGGCUCUGUCCUGGUUUAUUCUUUAUGCGAGAUACAGAGUGAUCCACUUCAUCGCUGUGGCUGUCUGUCUGUUGGGUGUAGGAACCAUGGUUGGAGCAGACAUACUCGCAGGGAGGGAAGACAAUUCAGGGAAUGACGUAUUGAUUGGUGACAUCUUGGUCCUUCUUGGGGCUUCCCUCUAUGCCAUUUCUAACGUUUGUGAAGAAUACAUCGUGAAGAAGCUGAGCAGACAGGAGUUUUUAGGAAUGGUGGGCCUGUUUGGAACAAUUAUCAGUGGCAUACAGCUAUUGAUUGUGGAAUAUAAGGAUAUUGCCAGCAUUCCCUGGGACUGGAAAAUUGCCCUGCUGUUCAUGGCAUUUGCCCUGUGUAUGUUUUGCCUGUACAGCUUCAUGCCAUUGGUGAUUAAAGUCACUAGUGCCACUUCCGUCAACCUGGGCAUCCUGACCGCGGACCUCUACAGCCUAUUCUUUGGACUCUUUCUGUUUGGCUAUAAGUUCUCAGGACUCUACAUCCUGUCCUUCACCGUCAUCAUGGGGGGGUUCAUCCUAUACUGCUCCACCCCGACGCGCACGGCCGAGCCAGCUGAAAGCAGUGUGCCUCCGGUCACCAGCAUCGGGAUUGACAACCUGGGGCUGAAGCUGGAGGAGAACCUCCCGGAGACACACUCCGCUGCCUUGUAGCUGGAGAAGAUGGUGCACCUCUGCCCCGCCAGGAUAAGGCAGAGCCUGCUGCCUGCUGAGGGGACACUUGGGGAAAUAGCAGACUCAGAGUGGACACUCUACACCCCUGGGUUGGAUCCAGUGGUUAGAUUUCAGAAGGGAACACUCAACAAAGUUCAAAAGUAGAAAUACCGAAAUAGAGCAGAACCCAAGCUAAGAGUGUGCUUCUGUGUUUGAGGACCAAUACCUGCUCAUGUUGGGGAGAUGAGGUGUGGACCCCACACUGAGGUGUUAGAGGCACCAGUGGGAAAGCAGGAUGGGGGAGAGACCCAGCAGCAGCCAGGGUGGGAAAGCAGGCUGUCCAGUCUGGGCUUGGUGGUCCGGAACAGGGGCGGCUCACAGUGGGUCUGGCGUAUGUCAGAGGCUUUGAGUCCUUUUCUGCUGAGACAGUCAUUGUCCACAGGCCUUUCAGUACAGAUGAGGCCUGGGGGCUGACUGCACGUGGCAGAAAAUGGGUGGGUCGGCCCUUGAAGAGCCCUGAGAUAUGAGCAUUAAACUGGAGUGCAGCAAACCUAGGAACCCUCUGCAGUUGUUUUGCUUCUUGUUUGAGACACAGUCUUGCUCUGUUGCCCAGUUCACUGCAACCUCUGCCUCCUGGGUUCAAGCGAUUCUUGUGCGCCAGCCUCUCGCGUAGCUGGGAUUACAAGCAUGUGCCCCCACACCCAGCUAGGUUUUAUAUUUUUAGUAGAGAUGGGUUUUCACCAUGUUGCUGGGGCUGGUGUUGAACUCCUAACCUCAAGUGAUCCACCCGCCUCGACCUCCCAAAGUGCUGGGAUUACAGGUGUGAGCCAGCAUGCCUGCCCUGUUUUGUUUUUAUAGAGAGAUGGGGUUUUGCCAUGGUGUCCAGGCUAGUCUCAAACUCCUGAGCUCAAGCGAUCUGCCCACCUCAGCAUCACAAAGUGCUAGGAUUACAGAUGUGAGCCACUGUGCUUGGCCUAUUUAUUUUUUAAAAACAUUUCUCCAUCACUCAUUCCAGGUCCCGGAGCAAACUCCCUCUGUGCUCAGAGCUUCACACUGGAUAUGUAUUCCACAGUUUCAGUCCCAGAUCAUACACUCCAAGAUUUCUCAUCCAUAUAUAUGUGGACGCCAUCCUUUCUAAAAACUAAACAUGACCUCCUAGAACGUUCCUAUUGCUCUCAUCUUAUUUAGCGUCAGCUCAAGAAACUGAGUCUUACUGUACAUUUUCACAACAAAGAAAAAGCUUUUGUUUUUAUAACUGGUUAAAAACCAGAAAAGAUUACUGUCAAAAUGAAAAUACAAAAUUAAUAAUUUCUCACCAAAGAGUAUGCCUGGGAGCCUCUAGUUGUUAAAAGAGGAUAAUAUUACUCCUUAUCAAAACUUUAUAAUGCCAAGUGAUUUUUAUGAUACUUCUUCAAUACAAAGUGUUAAUAUGUAUCAUCACUAUAAUCAACAAAAUGCCACUUUAAGAAAACUGUAAAUUUUUUGUAAAAAUGUAAGAAAUAAAUGGGGAGUAAGUGUUCACAUUAUUAAAAGGCUUUGAAUUCAUGGAAA